UUCAUCCUCGUCUUCGGUCUUCGUUUUUCUUCUUCUUCGUCCAGAGAGGUGCGCUGUUCGGAGAGCCGUGGGCACCAGAUUCCGCCGCUGUUGCAUUCAUUUCCCGAUCUCACACCAAUUUGGUGUGGUGGGGUUCUGUGUAACUGGUCCGGGUUGAUUUAGGGACAAGCCAUUUUAACGCUGAGUUCCCGCGCGAGGUUUCGAUGGAUAUGCAAAGGGAAGAGUUGGAGCGAUUGAUGUUCUUCGAGCAGACUCGGGAGAACGCCGCUGCGGAAUACGUUCGCUCGCCCACUGACGCCGACAAUUUAACAAGAUGGGGAGGCGCGCUGUUGGAGCUAGCGCAUUUCAGGCAGGGACAAGAUUCCGUUGAUAUGGUGCAAGAUGCUGUUUCAAAAUUGGAGGAAGCGUUAAGAAUAAACCCACGCAAGCAUGAUGCAUUGUGGUGCCUGGGAAACGCUCAUACGUCCCAUGGCUUCCUUGUGACUGAUACUGAUGAGGCCAACGACUAUUUUCAGAAGGCUGCUCGAUGCUUUCAGCAAGCACUUGAUGAGGAGCCUAGUAAUGAGCUUUAUCAGAAAGCACUGGAGAUGACCGAGAAGGCUCCAUCACUCCACCAAGAACUCCAGAAGCAGUUAGCAUCUCAGGCUGCUCUCGGCGUAGGAGCUGCGGCGGGACCAACUAAACCAGCAGCGAAGAAAAAGGACAGUGAUUUCAAGUAUGAUGUGAUGGGCUGGAUUGUACUCGCAGUUGGUGUGAUUGCGUGGAUGGGCCUGGCUAAAUCCAAUAUGCCACCACCGCCUCCUCCUACUCUGAGAUAGAUGCAAUGCAUCUUCUUAGAUUACUUCCAUUAAGCGGGUGUGUAGUUCAGUGAAUUUUCUAUUGGAUUUGUUCCUACCUUCCUGCCAGAAGAGGAUUUAAACUUCUAUCUCAGUACCCCUUAGGCGAUGUUCGAAGUACAGAUAAAGGUUGACCACGGAAAACAGGUGUUGGAAAUGUGCAGCCCUGUUACUAUUAUCUUUCUAUUUUAUUUUAGAUUCAUACUAUGAAUGCAUCUGGUGACAAAUGGGUAGUGUAGAUUCUUAUCGCAAAUCCUAAAGCAUGAAGCAACUUUGACUGCAAUUUAUUUUGGGCAAUGGCGUCAUCUAGCUAAGAUAUGACAUCAUAUGUUGAUUUUUAAUUGUA